AUGCCUUACCGCAAAAGGGUUAUAGGAAUCCGUAAUAAAAUAUAUGUGAAUUCUGUAUUCCCAACCAAAGAUUUAACUGGACUAUAUCAGACUGUAUUCCCAACCAAAGAUUUAACUGGACUAUUUCAGUCUGUAUUCCCAACCAAAGAUUUAACUGGACUAUAUCAGACUGUAUUCCCAACCAAAGAUUUAACUGGACUAUUUCAGUCUGUAUUCCCAACCAAAGAUUUAACUGGACUAUAUCAGACUGUAUUCCCAACCAAAGAUUUAACUGGACUAUUUCAGUCUGUAUUCCCAACCAAAGAUUUAACUGGACUAUUUCAGUCUGUAUUCCCAACCAAAGAUUUAACUGGACUAUAUCAGACUGUAUUCCUACCAAAGAUAUAA